GCAAUCAUGAAACAGGAAAGGAUACGAAAGGUCUAAAGGUCCAAGAUCUAAAGAAGCAAGCAAAAGAAAAGGAAAGGGAAGAAGACUGAAAAGAAGAGACAGCGGCUGAAGGCUGGGAUCUCUCCAAAACAAGACCUAUGUCAUCACUGGGACUACCACAGGCUGUGGCUAUGAAGCCACACGACUGCUCCUCUCCAAGGGUGCUCAGGUGCUCAUGCUCAAUCGCAAUGCUGAGCGAAGUGCCAAAAUCAUGGAGAAGUUUAAGGAGGAAUUUGGUGCUGAUGCAAAGGUGUCCUUGGUGACGAUGGACCUUGCAGUGUUGGCUUCGGUACGGGAGGCUGCCAAAGCUGUGCUGGCACAAGCGCCCCAAAUCCAUGCCCUCAUUUGCAAUGCUGCCAUUGCCCAGGUCUCCACGCAAAAGCUCACUGAGGACGGCUUUGAAAGCCAAUUGGGUGUGAACCACUUUGCUCACUUUUUGCUCUGUGGGCUACUCUACGACCGGGUGGAGAAGUCCAAAGGCCGGAUCGUGGUGGUGGGAAGCAACGGUUACAACAUGGGGUUGAAAAGAAUGAACUUCGACGACUUGAACUUUGAUCAGAACUACCAUGACUUCACGGUGUACUGCCAGAGCAAGCUGGCUCAGAUGAUCUUCGGCUAUGAGCUGCAGAGGCGUGCAGCAGGUAAGAUCCAGGUGCAUGUGUGUCAUCCUGGUGCCUCCAGGACUGAAUUGGCACAGGAUGAUGAUGUGAGCUGCAUGAUGAAGACGAUGCUCACAAUGUUUUCGCCCCUUGGCCAGAGUGCAGAGCAUGGCUCAUGGCCAGAGGUCAUGUGUGCCACAGAGGAUGGAUUGAAGGACUUUGCUUACUAUGGCCCUACCGAACGAAUGGAAAUGGUGGGUGCCAUCGGAGAAUGCAAUUUGGAAUCCCAUGCGUUGGACAAAGAGGCAGCCACAAAACUCUGGACCAUUUCGGAAGAGAAGACGGGCCUAAAAUGGUCUCCAUAAGAUGGGCUACGGGCCUAAAGCUCGCGAGCGCGCCCAACCGGCAUCGCCGGUCUGCAAAACUCUACAAUAGCUGAUAAUUGUAUGGAUCCGACACCACAAUCCGUAC